CACACCUCUAUCAACACAUCUCACCUUCGCCAACAUCUCUGCGGCUCUGCGAGCAUCAGUGCACUCGACAAAGUGGACGGCAGCGCCAAGCGCCAGCGUUGCAAAGGGCGGCGUCGGAAGACAGAGGCUCACUGGGACACAAGGGGCACGCGGCGUGGGGUCCUUGCCUUGUGCGUUCCGAGUCGUCUGUACCUCGUAAACUCGUCUCGGACUGUAUCAGACCGCGUCAGCACGGAAAUAAAAUUCAUCGUGUGCGUCGACUCGUCGCGCUCGGCAUGCUCGUCAAGCACUGACCCCCUUUCCUGCCUGCAGCAUCCGAUUGACGCUUGCCAGGCCUGAUCAAGCGCGUUUCCUAUUCUGUCCUGUCCCGGCGGUGCAAGAUGGCCAGCGUGUACUACGAAGCCGCCACCUCGUUCCUGGUGGGCGAAAGCCUCCGCCGCGCCGUGCUUGCCAAGUAUCGUGAGCCGGACCUGGUUCUCUCACAUCUCAUGGAGCUGACUAGUGUCUACGAAGAUCUAAAAAUUGUACCCGGCACCUUUUACUUUGACAAUGGUCAGCAAGCAGACCUGCUCUAUGCCAAAGGCACCAUUCCAGUUCGCGUCAAAGGCAAAAUUUACAACUUUCCCGUUUACAUUUGGCUCUUCCGCGAGCAUCCGACCUACGCCCCCAUGUGCUACGUCGUUCCCACCCGCAGCAUGAAGUUGCCGGAUCCUGGAAAGAACUCGCACGUCGGGCCCGACGGACGUGUAUACUUGCCUUACCUGCACAAUUGGAAUCGCAGCACCUCGACGCUUCGUGAGCUAGUCGACAACAUGUGUGCCGUUUUCUCACAGCACACACCCCUGUACAGUCGAGCCCAGCCCGCACCUGCACCUGCCCCAGCGAGCCAGGCCGGCGGUCCCCCACCAUAUGGGGCCAUGGGACCGUAUGCCAACCAGAAUAGUCAGCUCUAUCCCCCGCCCCAGCCUACCAGCUCUGCCGGCCCCUCAAAUUGGUACCCACAAUCCACCCCAAACGCGGGUCCGUACGCCGCCUAUGGCGCGUCAGCCGGCCCGUCUUCUGCUCCCGCAGUCGGGCCCUACGGCUCCAGCAAUGGCUGGGGUGCCAGCGGUGGGGCACCACCGUCCUCGGCAAGCUCCUCGCAUUCCACGACCUCGGCCUCGGCAGCUGAGGAAGAGCGCCUGCGCCGUGCACAGGAAGAGUCGGCUGCCCUGGCUCGCAAGGAACAGGAAGAAGAUGAAGCCUUGGCCCAAGCCAUGCGAUCUUCAUUGGAAGAUAGUGUUGGACAAAACAUCUAUCGAGCAUUCAACGAAGCCACCAACCCGCUACUGGAAACAUUAAGCAACUAUUCAUGUGACAUCAACGAGCUCUCGGUUGGCCAGGAUCAACUCCAGCAACUCUUGACUGAGCUGCAGCGGGAGUGUGAGCGUCUCACGGCACGCGUGGCUGAACAUCAGCAACAAGAUGCGGAAAUGUCACGUGCCAUCGCCGGUUUGACCGAGCUCCAGGACACGGAUGUUGACUCGAUCUUUGUCGUCAAAGCCCCACUGCAUCGCCAAAUGGUGGCUUUAUAUGCAGAGGAUUUGGCUUACGACGAUAUCAUCUACUACCUCAAUGACGGUCUCAAGCGGGGCAUUGUCCCGCUUCCUACAUAUCUCAAGAACCUGAAGCGAACGGCCGAGCGGCAAUUUAUGGUGCGCGCCACCAUUAACAAGAUUCGAGCUCUCUCUCUCUCUAAAGCUCUCUCUCUCUCUCUCUCUCUCUCUCUCUCUCUCAAGCUCUCUCAAGCUCUCUCAAGCUCUCUCAAGCUCUCUCAAGCUCUCUCUCUCUCAAGCUCUCUCUCUCUCAAGCUCUCUCUCUCUCUCUCUCUCUCUCUCUCUCUCUCUCUCUCUCUCUCUCAUUUCCCUCUCUCUCUCACUCUUCCAACGCUUUUGACGCGUGUGUUGGGAGGAAGUGAAGGGCUCAGCAUGGCGAGUGCCCGAUUUUAUCAGGCGGCCAAGCUCAAACUGGCCGAGGCCAUUCAGUACGAUGAGCAGCUGCACUUGAAGGAAGCUGCACCCAGUUAUGCCUUGGCCAUCAGUUAUUUAUGUCAGGGCGCUGCUGUUGAUGACGAUCGGCGCAAUGCGGCCAGCAUGGAGCGCAUGGCACAACAGUACCAACAGCGGCUGGAUCAACUGAACCAGAUGUUGCAACGCACUCCGGCGGCGCGACAGGCCGCCGCCGGCUCUGCGCCCAGUAGCCAUACUCCUUCUGCCGUCGAGCAGGCGGCCAAGCUGGAGCGACGCGGCGAUUUGCAGCUCCGAAACGCCAACGAAGCCGUGGGCAACAUGCAGUGGUACGACGCCCGCAAGCGCCUUGAACAAGCCGCACAGACUCUGCUAGAUGCUCGCAAGCUGAUUGUCGAACCCUCCGACUGCGAGCGCCUCGACACCAAGAUCACAGCUACCCUCGACAAGCUCCAGCGUCUCAAAGUUGCCCAAAGUGAUAGCCCCAACCCCCGGCCCUCACCACCCCCGGCCCCCAUAGCCACGACAGCGGCCCGCUCUUCGCCCACAAACUCAGAAUCCUCCCUACCAGGCGCCGGCACUAACCCCUCGGUGGUUCCUGCGGACAGUGAAAGCUACACCCCAGCCGAGCUCAGCGUACUGCGUGAAACCUCAAGCAUCAACGGCCGUGUGUACUUGCCGUGGGUGCCGGCUGACGCCAACGACCACAUUGACCGCCGAGGCCGCUUCAGCGAUCCCGACGGCCAUCUUGCGUUCAGUCCCAAGCAGCGCUCGCACGGUGCGGUCUGGGCCCGCCCAGCCGACCUGCACGCCAACCCCAGUAUCAUUCGAGAAGUACACAGCAAAAACGUUCGGCAAACCCUCGUUUCCGACUGCUCGUUUGUCUCAGCCCUCGCGAUCAGCGCCGAUUAUGAACGGCGCUUCAAGCGCCGGCUGGUAACUGGAGCCAUUUAUCCACAAAAUUCCCAUGGCCACCCCAUCUACAAUCCCUGUGGCAAGUACCUGCUUCGUCUGCACUUCAAUGGAACCUGGCGCAAGGUCAUCAUCGACGACCAGCUGCCCGUGGACGCCGGUCGCCACUCGUUACUGUGCUCGUACUCGGCCAAUCCAGACGAGUUUUGGGUUUCCCUGUUGGAGAAGGCUUAUCUCAAGGUCGUGGCGAAUAGUUAUGACUUUCCUGGUAGCAACAGCUCGGUGGAUCUACAUGCCAUGACAGGAUGGAUUCCGGACCGUCUCCCAAUCUCGGAUUGCACCGAUGAUCUGUGGCACAAGCUUUUUCGUGGCCUACAUGCCGGAAACGUUGUGUUGACCGCAGCCACGGGCGAGUUGUCAGAGCUCAAGGCAAAGCGUGCCGGGCUGGUGCCGACACAUGCUUACGCUAUACUCGACAUGCGCGAGGUCAACGGCCUCAAGCUCCUGCGGCUCAAAAACCCUUGGGCUCAUCUGCGUUGGCUUGGCAACUUUUCUCCGUACGACACGCGGAACUGGACCGAAGACUUGCAGCGCCGCCUACAAUACAAAGCUAGCGAAGCCGUUGAGCACGACGAUGGCACUUUUUGGAUCGACUGGCCCAGCGUGCAACACUUUUACGACGUCAUGUACAUGAACUGGAAGCCCGAUCGCUUCUUGCACCACAAAACCUUUCAUUACUGCUGGCGCCAGGAUGCGGGUCCAGUCAAGGAUGCAUACAACAUGGAGCAUAAUCCCCAGUAUCGAGUGGAGGUUGAUGCCGGUGAAGACUGUGAAAUGUGGAUCCUGCUGUCUCGCCAUAUUACGCGCCUCAAUGACUUUGCCAACAAUGAGGAGUUUAUUGGGGUGCACGUUUUUGGUGGCGGCGAGCGCAUAUACUACCCGCAAAACCACAUUUCUCAGGCUGUCAAGAUCAACAGCCCGCAUCACCUGACCAAAAUUAAGGUGCCUCGCGGCAAGCAACCAUACACUUUGGUCAUCAGUCAGUUUGAGAAGACCAACACGCUCAACUUUACCGUCAAGGUGUAUUGCACCCACAAGAUCCGAAUGAAGGCCCUGCCAAACCCGUUUCCCGAGGUCUCUCGCGUUGUGAGCCAGUGGACCGCCCAGACGGCAGGAGGAUGUGCCAACUACCCACAAACUUUUGGUAUCAACCCAAAGUUUCAGUUUCUGGGCCCGGGCAGCGAAGGAACGGCCACGCCCGUCUUGGUUAAACUCGAAGGGCCGAGGCAAUACAGCGUGGGUUUUGAGAUCCGUGGAUCUGAUGGCUCGAAAGUGGACGUCCCCACGUACCGCUCUGGAUUUGUGUACACGACCCUGACGGCCAAGGGGGGAGUGAAGUAUACCAUUACCCCCACCACCUUUCAGCCAGGCCAAGAAGGAGCAUUCUUUUUAACAGUGGCUAGCAAAAUCCCUUUGCGCCUCUACCCGAUGCCGACGGCCUGAGCAAAAGCAAUGUGUUUACCCGUGCAACGCCACCUGGCCUUGGGUCGCGGUGGCUGCCAUUCUGCCGACAAGACUCUCGUUAAGAUUGCCAUCUUUCGUUCACCGCUGGGGUGGCUAGUGUGGGCUGAGCCCAAACGAUGUGAUUGGUCUGCAAUUGAUGUGUUGCUUUGC